CAAUCAUUAAAUCAUAUCAUUCAGCAUUUAUAUCUUGUGAGUUGCAUAGUUUUUACAAUAAUUUCAAUAUACUGUUUUUAAAAUUAAAUAUAAUAAUUAGCAAAAAAAUUAUAAACUUAAUAAUAAUAGGUUUAACUGGUUUCACUUAUUUGUGGCAGUUAAUAAUAUUUUGAAGAUGGCUACAGAAGUUGGUUCAGCUCCCGGAAUGUCACAACUCCAAUCUGUGCAGAAGGCAAUGGCCUUACCCACAGUUGAAGCUGCUGUUGGUCAAGUUGGUGCACUCUAUACUAAAGUUAAAGGUGCACACUCUCUAUUGGAAUGGGCGCUAUCUACAGCAGAAGCAAGCGUAACAUUUGCAGCAGCCACUGCUGCACCUUUCGUGGCUGCACCCAUUGCUGCUGGAGAUGCUAGAGUUGCCGCUGCCAUUGAUGAGUUAGAGCGCAGAAUGCCAUUAGUUGCUGAACAACCUAAGGUUAUUGUUGAGACUACGAAACAAGCAGUUUUCUCAAGGCUGACGCCACAGUUGACUAAGGUGUACGGCGCCCGCGAUGUUGCGGAACAGCGAGUGAAGUCCCUCAAGGAGCUGACAUGGACCAAAGCCAACGCGCUGCUGUCCACGGCGUACGGCCAGAAGGCCAUGCACAGCGUCGACACUGGAGCUACAUACGCUAUGCAAAUCCUCAAUCACUACCUGCCGCCUUCACAGGAAGAAACUAACGGUGUUGGCGCAGAGAUCGUGGCUGCGGAGAGCGACCCCGCGCUGCACACGGUGCAGACGGUCGGCCGCCUCAGCGCCGUGGCGGCGCGCCGCGUGUGGGCCAACCUCGCCGCGCGCGUCAACGCGCUGCGCGACAGCGGAAUCGAAUUAGAUGUCCGUCGAUAUGUGACUGCACUGCUGGCAGCCUUGCACCUCGCGAAAGUAACGAGUGAGCAGCAGCAGAACGAUGAAGCCAAAAAUCCUAAACAGCAGACCGAGGCGGAGCCCGCCAAGAGCGGUCACCACUCCGAGGCCCACCACUCCGCUCCUACCACCACUGAAAAAGUUAAAUCUACUCCCGAAGCGAAAUCCAAUACUAGUGAAAACCAGUAAUAAUUUAUUUAAUCAUAUAUGUAUAAUCUAUAUUAUCGUAAUCGUAAGUCGCGCCACAAUGAUGAUAUGCAAUAUUUUAUCAACAUUGUUUUGGCCGUAAUAAUAUUAUUUUUAAUGUAUUCUAUGAAAUGUGAGCUAUAUCGUGUUUAAUCAAGACUGAAGGUCUUUUUGAUGUGUUUUUAUAAAGCUUUUAAUAGCGAGAUAUUUUUAUUAAUGAACUUUUGGAAAAUAAAAUUUUAUUAUAAAA